AUGGCCUUGAAAGCGGCAGUGUUAGUUGGUGGACCUCAGAAAGGAACUCGAUUUCGCCCACUGUCACUUCAGCUCCCAAAACCGUUAUUUCCAAUUGCUGGCGUACCACUAAUCGAGCAUCAUAUUGAUCAACUCUCAAAACUGGAAGAUUUAAAUGAAAUUUUUUUGAUUGGGUUUUAUCCAACAAAUCAGUUUGACGACUUUGUUAAAAGAUGUGAAAAACAAUAUCGCAUUAAAAUAAGUUAUCUGGAAGAAUCUGAGGCAUUAGGAACUGCUGGAGGACUUUAUCGCUUUCGUCAGCAAAUUUUACAAGGAGACCCAAGAGGUGUUUUUGUGCUCAAUGCGGAUGUUUGUGGAGAUUUGCCAAUAUCAGACAUGGUUACAACCUUAGAUGAUACACCGGAAGCACAGUGCCUUAUUUUGACUACAGAAGCAACUCGUGAACAAUCUGUUAACUUUGGUUCCGUAGUCAUCGAUCCUGCUGGCAAGGUGCUACAUUAUGUGGACAAGCCAACAACAUUUGUAUCACAGCAUAUAUCCUGUGGUGUAUAUUUGCUUCGGAAAAGUGUAAUCGAUGAAAUUGGUAAUGCUAGCAAAGCUUCAGGUUCUCAGCAGGUUUGGUUUGAAACCGAAAUAUUCCCUCGUAUGGCUAGUGAUGGAAAAAUCUUUGCAUUACGUACAACUCGAUGGUGGAGUCAAACAAAAACUGCAGCUGCUGUUUUGUAUGCAAAUCGACAUUAUCUUCGGCUUUACCGGAUUUCAAAUCCGUCUUUACUUUGUGAAAAUCGUGCAGAAAUAAUUGGAGACGUUUACAUUGACCCAUCUGCUGAGGUACAUCCAACAGCAAAAAUUGGUCCGAAUGUAAGCAUAGGAGCAAAUGCUCGGAUUGGUUUUGGUGUGCGUGUGCGUGAGAGUAUUGUUUUGGGUGAAGCUGUGCUCAAGGAGCACUGCUGUGUAUUACAUUCGGUAAUUGGUUGGCGGAGUGUUGUUGGGGCCUGGGCUCGAGUGGAAGGUACACCGAUAUCGCCAAAUCCGAAUAUUCCGUUCGCCAAGUUAGACAAUAAACCGCUGUUCAAUGCUGAUGGACGUUUAACCCCGUCAUUAACUAUACUUGGUUCCGAUGUACAUGUCCCAUCUGAAACCGUUAUAUUGAAUUCAAUUGUUCUGCCAUAUAAAGAACUAAGCUCUAGCUAUAAGAAUCAAAUAAUUCUUUGA